AUGCCCAAUUCCACCAUGAUGAUGGGAUUUCUCCUUAUGGGGUUUUCAGAUGUCUGGGAACUACAGGCUUUUCAUGUUGUAUCCUUCUCUCUGAUGUAUAUGAUGACACUUACUGGGAAUUUUCUCAUUGUUAUUGUCACCACCAUGGACAAGAGCCUUCACACUCCCAUGUACUUCUUUCUCAGGAAUCUGUCCAUGUUGCUUGCAGGUUACAUUUCUGUAACAGUCCCUAAUUCAUGUGUCAACUCCCUGCUAGACAACAAUGACAUUUCAAAGGCAGGAUGUGCAGCUCAAGUCUUUAUAGUGGUUUUCUUUGUAUAUGUGGAGCUACUUUUCAUCACCGUGAUGGCCCGUGACUGCUAUGUGGCCAUCUGCCAACCUCUGCACUAUGCUGUGAUCAUGCACCCUCGAGUCUGUGUCCAAAUGACACUGGCUUCCAUUCUCAGUGGUCUGGUCUAUGCAGGAUUCCACACAGCCAACACUUUCAGGCUGCCUUUUUGUCAUUCCAAUGUUAUUCAUCAGUUUUUCUGUGACAUUCCAUCUCUGCUGAAGCUCUCCUGCUCUGACACCUUCAGCAAUGAGAUGACAAUCCUUGACUCUGCUCUAGUGAUUGGUGGAGGCUGUUUCAUCUUCAUUAUCAGGUCUUACAUUCACAUAUUUUCGACUGUGCUCAAGUUCCCAAGUGAAGCAGACAGAGUAAAGGUCUUUUCCACCUGCAUCCCACAUAUCCUUGUGGUAUCAAUCUUCCUAGGCUCAGUUUUCUAUGUGUACCUAAGGCCAUCUGCAAACUCUGCAACCAUUAAAGAUAUGGCCCUUUCCAUAUUCUAUUCCAUAAUUCCCCUCCCCUUCAACCUGAUUAUCUAUAGUCUUAGAAAUGAACAAAUAAAAUGUGCCAUCAGGAAAAUCAUGAAAAAGAUAUUUUAG